CUUUACUUGUCCCUUGGGGCUGCAGUUCCAAGAAGACAAAGGAGGAGUGUGGGGGGCUCCCCAGCAGGCCUGCUGCGUUUUACUUAAAAGCAAGCUGCGGGCAACCCCCCACUCCCACCCCGGAGAACCACGGCUGGCCCUGGGUACCGCUGGCUGGGCUCCCUUCCCCGGCGGCCGCCCCGGGGGACAGACCGCGGCCCCUCCCUCCGGAGAACAAACGGGACAUUCAGCCGCCGCCCGCGGCUGCCAGGGCGCGUCCCCCGGGGAAAUUAGGCGUGGAGUCGGUCGCGAACGCCUUCAAAAGCGGCCCUCCCGCCGGCCGCGGCGCACUCGGUACCUGGCUGCGGGCGCCGAGCAGGAUGCCGCAGUGAGCUGCCGGCCAUGGGGGGCGCGAGCGCCUGCAUCCCGCUCUGCCUGCUGCUGGCUGCCGCGCAGCUGGCCCGGUCGCAGACCCCAGAGAGACCUGUUUUCACAUGUGGCGGCAUUCUUACCGGAGAGUCUGGAUUUAUUGGCAGUGAAGGUUUUCCUGGAAUGUACCCUCCAAAUAGCAAAUGUACUUGGAAAAUCACAGUCCCCGAGGGCAAAGUGGUCGUUCUGAAUUUCCGAUUCAUAGACCUUGAGAGCGACAACCUGUGCCGCUAUGAUUUCGUGGAUGUGUACAACGGCCACGCCAAUGGCCAGCGCAUCGGGCGCUUCUGUGGCACAUUCCGACCAGGAUCCCUCGUAGCCAGUGGCAACAAGAUGAUGGUGCAAAUGAUUUCCGACGCCAACACUGCCGGGAGUGGCUUCAUGGCCACCUUCUCGGCUGCUGCCCCAGAUGGAAAAGGAGACAGGUACUGUGGAGGACGCCUUGAGAAACCUUCCGGCUCUUUUAAAACCCCCAACUGGCCAGACCGAGACUACCCCAUAGGAGUUACUUGUGUGUGGCAUAUCGUUGCCCCGAAGAACCAGCUUAUAGAGCUAAAGUUUGAGAAGUUCGAUGUCGAGCGAGAUAACUACUGCCGAUACGACUACGUGGCCGUGUUUAACGGUGGGGAAGUCAACGACGCUAAAAGAAUUGGAAAGUUCUGUGGGGACAGCCCACCUGUGCCGAUCCUGUCUGAGAGAAAUGAACUUCUCAUUCAGUUUCUAUCAGACUUAAGUCUAACAGCAGAUGGAUUUAUUGGUCAUUACAAAUUCAGGCCCAAAAAAAUUCCCACAACUACAGCCGUGCCUGUCACCACCACGCUCCCCGUGACCCCAGGUUUAAAACCCACUGUGGCCCUGUGUCAGCAGAAGUGUAGACGGAUGGGGACUCUGGAGAGCAAUUAUUGUUCAAGCAACUUUGUGCUAGCCGGCACCGUCAUCACAACGGUCACCCGCGGUGGGAGUUUGCACGCCACAGUCUCAAUCAUCAGCAUCUACAGGGAGGGCAACCUGGCCAUUCAGCAGGCUGGCAAGAACAUGAGCGUCAAGCUCACUGUGGUCUGCAGGCAGUGCCCGCUGCUCAGAAGAGGUCUAAAUUACAUUAUCAUGGGACAAGUGGGUGAAGAUGGGCGUGGCAAAAUCAUGCCAAACAGCUUUGUCAAGAUGUUUAAGAAUAAGAACCAGAAACCCAUGAACGCCCUGAAGAACAAGCAAUGUUAGCCUGAGCUCAGCCACUUCAGCUGGACUUGUUUGUCGCCUCUGAAAGAUCUCUUCUCCCCACAUAGAAAAGGCCCAUACGGUUUAACACUGCAUUCUGAGAGAUGGGGCUAAGUUACUCCUCACGCGGUGGGGGUGUGCCCCACUCCAGCGUGGCUGGUGGGAAUUCCGAGCCUGUGCUGUGAGGAGCCGUUCUCGGAGACCCCUCCCACCCGCUGCCAGAUGGGGACAGCAGCAAGCACGGGCAGCUUGUAUUAUACGUCUCUGUAGAAAGAUAUUCUAGAAUUGAGUUGUAUGAAGAUAUAAGAAGGGUUUUAUAAAGUGCAAUAUUUAUAAUGAUAUUUGGUUACCUUUAAGCAUUUGCUCUGAGGUGUCACAUUUUUCUCUUGCAUUUUUAAAAUCAAUGCUUAAUAAAGUAUUUUAAGUGAUUACA